AUGGACUUCGCUCCGUACCAAUCCUCCCCGCCAGAGCGCGAAAGAGCUCUCUCCCCGCCGCUCGCAUCGCCGCGCGCCUCCGCCGACUUCCGACGGCCGUUCUCGCCCUACAACCAGCCCUCGCCGCCUCCUCUGCAGCACCCGCAGCCCCAGCGUGGAUGGCAACCGAGCCUGCCUGGAUCAUAUCCCUCGGCGGACGCACAUCGGGAGGGCGUGAGCGAGUUUGACACGAGCUUGGGGAUCCGGUUGGACUACGAGGCGGCUUUGGCGUACCUGGCCUUCCCGCCACUUGGUGCCAUCCUGUUGUUGAUUGGGGAGCGAAACAGCGACUAUGUGAGGUACGUGGAAUGGGACACGGCGGAGGCAUCUCGAGGUCCUGAGCACGGAGCCGCGAAGGAUGUCAACAUGGCCGACCCCGCGAUGGCUCUCAGUGGGCAUGGGUGGCAGAUGUCAGCGCUGCUCUUCACGGCAGUCAUGAUCUUCCAUUUGGUCUUCCUCUCAUGGUCCGCAUUUCUCAGCUGGCUCUUCUUCAUCGGGGAUGUCUUCAUGAUGAUCUGGCUGGCGCUGAAGGCAUACCAAGAUGCGGAUACGCUGGAUAGGUUCGAGGUCCCCAUCAUCGGGGCGUUGGCCAGCCGUAUUCUGGACGACGAAUGA